AUGAAUAAGGAUGGUAAAGGUGAAAUUGAUGUGGACAAUAUUAUUGAGAGGUUGCUCAGUGUAAGGGGAAGCAAGCCAGGGAAGAACGUGAACCUUAGUGAGGCUGAAGUAAGAGGUCUUUGCAUUAAAGCCAGAGAUAUUUUCAUAUCUCAACCCAUUUUAUUGGAAUUGGAAGCUCCUUUGAAAAUAUGCGGAGAUGUACAUGGUCAAUACUUCGAUUUGUUAAGACUAUUUGAAUACGGAGGGUAUCCACCUGAAAGCAAUUAUUUAUUUCUGGGUGAUUAUGUAGAUCGAGGCAAAUAAUCAUUAGAGACAAUUUGUUUAUUGUUGGCUUACAAAAUUAAGUAUCCUGAAAAUUUCUUUCUUUUGAGGGGUAAUCAUGAAUGUGCAUCAAUCAAUAGGAUCUAUGGAUUUUAUGAUGAAUGCAAGAGAAGAUACACAAUCAAAUUAUGGAAAACAUUCACAGAUUGUUUUAAUUGUCUACCAGUAGCGGCAUUGAUAGAUGAAAAAAUCUUGUGUAUGCAUGGAGGAUUGUCACCUGAACUUUCAAAUCUGGAAUAAAUAAGAAGAAUUAUGAGACCGACAGAUGUGCCAGAUACUGGAUUACUCUGUGAUUUAUUAUGGUCAGAUCCAGACAAAGACGUCUAGGGGUGGGCAGACAAUGAGAGAGGUGUUUCAUAUGUUUUCAGCCAAGAAAUAGUCCAAGUGUUCUUGAAAAAACAUGAAUUAGACUUGAUCUGCAGAGCUCAUUAAGUUGUGGAAGAUGGAUAUGAAUUCUUUUCCAAAAGGUAACUAGUCACUUUGUUUUCAGCACCAAACUAUUGUGGAGAAUUCGAUAAUGCGGGUUCUAUGAUGUCAAUUGAUGAAUCCUUAAUGUGUUCUUUCUAAAUCCUAAAGCCAGCUGAAUAAGGAUAGGGAGCAGCAUAAUAACAUAAGACAGGCAAUGCCAAGUUCGUAAAUUGAUUUAUAUAUUUUGAAAGUUUUUCAUAUACAUGUUAUUUUUAUAAUCAUA